AGGACCGAGAUGGGUGAAGGGCUACUGCUGCUAGCUGUUUGACCCUCUUUGGACACUGUACAGAGAGAGAGCGUGUGUCAAGGAUUUGCCUUGACAACAUAUGAGGGUAGAAUCGUCUAUGGUAUUUAGAAACACAAAGCUGAGAAACGUCUAUGGUGAUUUGUUUAUACAGUGCAGCACCCUGAUAACUGUGGCAUAGAGGACCAUGAAGUGUGGCCUGCUCCUGCUCAUUUUUAUAGCAAUCAAAGCUGUUAGGACACAAUGGAAUGUGUGGAUGCCGCGAGACAUCUCCGCCAUGACCAACUCCUGCGUGGUCAUCCCCUGUUCUUUCAUGUACCCUUCGGGAAUCAGACCUUAUCGAGGAGUCCAUGGAAUAUGGUAUUUCGGACAACCCUACCCCCAGCUCUUCCCCCCAGUAGUGUUCAAAUCUCGGACAGAUAUUGUACACGAGAGUUACAAAGGCCGCACUAAACUGCUGGGGGACCUGCACCAAAAGAACUGCACACUCAAGAUCAGCAACAUCGGCCCGGAACAUUCUGGCAAAUACUACUUUCGUGCGGACCUUGGCGGUGCCAACAUAUACACCUACCCUGACUUUUCAGAACUCAAGGUCUUGGAUCAACCAAACGUUGAUGUACCAGAUGAGAUUGUCAGUGAUGACAGCCUGGACUUGACCUGUUACGCCCCAGACAACUGUCCCGACAUGACCCCUGAGAUUCACUGGAUGUACACGGACUACCUGCCGGACCCCCUCUUCACAGCUGACUACUUGGAGGACAGCAACACCGCUGUCAUCUCCAGCACCCUCACUUUCACGCCCAAGCCCAUGCAUCACGGCCAGCUGAUUGGCUGUCGGGUGCACUACCCAAACACCACAUUCGUCUAUGAGCAUCUCAUUUCUUUGGAUAUCAAGUAUGCCCCCCAGACGGUGUGGGUGAACGUGUCGCAGGAGGUGAUGGAGGGCAGCUCGGUGGUGCUCCACUGCGAAGUAGACAGCAAUCCGGUGUCUCGCAUCUCCUGGCUAUUUGGGGAAGAGGAGCUCAUGUCAGAUACGGCUUCAAACAUCUCGCUUUACAUGGACGACCUCGAUCCGACUCAGGAGGGCAUCUACACCUGUGUUGGAGACAACGGCUAUGGGAUCAUGAACACCUCCAUGUAUCUAGCUGUUAAGUAUCCACCCCGCGAUCCUUGGGUGAAUAAUUCUGUCACAGUGCUGGAGGGUUCGUCUGUGCACGUUCACUGCAAGACGCAAGGCAACCCAGUGCCGACCCUCACGUGGCUGAAAGACGGAGAGCUGGUGGGCACCAUCAGGGCGGACGAGCUCUCUGUGCUGGAGCUGCUGGACCUGACGCCUCACGGAAGUGGCCAAUACCGCUGCUUGGCAGAGAACGAGCAUGGACGCUCAUCCAGCUCACUGAACAUCACAGUGGAGUUCGCUCCUGUUCUGCUGGAUGAGUCUAAGUGCACAGUUGUCCGAGAGGGUGUCCAGUGUGUCUGCAUGGCGACAGGGAAUCCCGAGCCUGUCAUUGAGUUCUACCUCCCUGACCUCAACAUCACCAUCAACGAAACAGAAAAUCGAUUCAAUUACUACACGCAUACAGAUGGUCACACGUCAACUGGGAUGAUCAAACUACGCGACAAGAGUGGACAGGGCACGGGUAUUCAUGUGCACUGCAGCAUCACAAAUAUAUACGGCACUGAGACCGUCCAGCUGGAACUUCAGCAGGAAAAAAAGUACAUGAUGGCUGUUAUUGUGGGAACAAUUGGAGGAGUGGCAGUCAUUGCAUUCAUCAUUGCUGCAGUGAGAUAUGUUGGGCAUAGCAACAAGAAAGAGAAUGACAACCCUGGGCAGGACCUGGUUUCUAAACUGGAGAAUCCCUCAAUGUUCUACAGCGCAGUCAAGAAGGACAAACACAGUCUGAGGAAGAAAGUGCUUAAGACUGAGCUGCUGGGCUCAAAGUUUAACUCCAUCCUAGAAGAAAGUGCCACGGGAGAAGAGGGGGAUUAUCAAUCUGUGGGCUCUUUGGCCGGCUUCCAGAGACCAGAGCUGAACUACGCUGCGCUGGACUUCAUCAGAGGGCGGCCCAGGGAGGGGAGGACGGGAAAGGAGGAUGACAACAGUGACUACACUGAAAUCAAAUCAAAGUGAAGAGUAACUUAAACACUUCUUUGGCACAAUGGCUGCAUUACUGUGCAAAAAAGGGCUGUUCAAACCAAGAACUGUUAACGCGACAACUCUAACCAUGUACACACAGAACUGUCAACUGUCAUGUCCCUCUAAAAACUGAUUUUGACAAAGUUUUGUGAGAGCCUGCACACCUCGAAGGCUUCUUUUUCAGCAGGUGCAGCUUUUCAGGGUACUUCAGUCAUCAGUUUUCACAAGGAAGAGCACAAGACUGCUUCUUCAUGGUUCACCACUUUUUAUUUUAAAUGGUGCUGACAUUUCGGCACUGCCUAAGUGCAGAAACGUCAGCACCAAGAAUAAUAAAAAGUGAUGAACCGUGAAGAUGCAGUGUCGCGCUCUUCCUUGUGGAAAAUGAUGACCCCUAAAAACUGAUGCCAUCAAUACUUUGGAAAGGCACUUUUCCAUUUGUCAUUUUAGUUAAUAAGCGAUUGAUUUCUUGGUAUUAUUGUUGCACUUAUAGCUUUCGGUGUGAACAGGCUUUAGGCGUACUGUUGUUUCUCAGCAGCCGUUGUCCAAUUUGAACUCUUCCAUUUCCAUGAUACUGCUUCCUUUUUAUCCAUUCACCUUUUAUUGCCGAUAUGACAUGCUAUCUCGAUCCGUAACAACUGGUGACCCAGAUGUUGGAAGCAAUGGUGAUUGUUCGUGAGGUAAUGAAAAAGGAGGCGUGCACAAGGCUUUUGUAAAAAGAUGUAUAUUGUAGCCAAAAAGUUACAUAACAAAUCAGUUGCUAAAACCGGACCUAUUCCUUUCUAAAAUAUCUCCCAAAAGCUUUUUGGAUUUUCCCUUACUGAAUGUUUGUAAGUAAAUGUCACUCUUAAUUCAGAUUAAUAGAAUGACCGAUCGCUGUCUUUUUCACAUUUGGAGUAACCACUUGUUAGGGGGACACAAGGUAGUCUGUCACACCGGCCCAAACAGAGUGCUGCUUCCUGAUUGGCUCGCAGGAUAUGCAUCAAUACCAUUGAAACAUGCAACCAUUGAAAGUAGUUUAAAAAUUCUAGCAUAAAGGUUACACAACAUUCCAUGUCAAUGCCCCAUAUUAUGGUAACUGUAUCAACCAAUGAUUGUCUAAAUGUGAUGUAAGAUAUAAAAUAACUUAAAGGAUCUGUUCUAAAUGAGCAAGUGUGGCAACUGGAUAAAACGGAACAGCUUUUGAGAUGUUGCAUUUUCGAGUCAAGAAAUGAUUUGGGUCUGACAACGUUAAUUGAUUCAGUCAAAUGCACUCAAAGGCUCCAAGGUUCAUAAUGUGGUCAGGUUGUCCAACAACGCUGCACUGACGGUCAUUGUGAUACUGUAAUUAGUCAGCCUCCAUACAUGCACUAUCCUUACUGAAUUGGGAAGAGCUAAAGUGCCACAAGACUUUCCCUUGUCUGCAUCCUUGAAAUCAUUUUGGAACGAACUUUACCGUGAUAUUAGCAUAUUUAUGUUCUGAUAUGUUUGAGUUGGGUUUUUUCACUCUUUUAAAAAAAUUACAUAGCUUGCCUUCGUCACCACAUUUAAUUCCUAUAUUUUGAAAGAUAGGGGCAAGUACUUGUAUCUGCAUCUGCGUAAACAUCACCCAAUGCCAAAUGUGCGUGCAUUAUGUGCAUGACCUGUUGUGAAUGAAGAGGUUUUACAGAUUUAAAAAAAUGUAUAUUAUAUAUUAUUUGGAAUGUGACUUGGACACCAAGACAUCUUCUUCCUCAAUUGUUGAAUGGAUCCAGACAUAUCUUCACUGGUCAGAAUAUUAGGCUAGUGUUGCUAUGAUACAGUAUGUAUUACAGGAUUUAACUGCCUUCAGGUACACAUUUAUAUUCAAAGGUAAAUGAUAUGUAAUAUGUCAUAUAAUAUGCUAUAUGAAAUAAUCUGCACAUUUACAGGUUUCCAUGUAAUAAAGUGUGUUGUAUGCUGCUUUAGUAAAAGAAAAGAAAACUUUUAAACAUCUAUUGAAUUGCACUGCAGCAUAUGUUGAUUGUAAUGCAGGUGCACACCAGUAAAUAUACUGAAGUUAAAGUCACUGUUGUAAUUUACAAUAGUGACUUUAACUUCAGUAUAUUUAUAAAGAUUCAAAACCAGUCAAGUGCAUUUUGAUGUUUUUGUACUGUUUAAUAUGUCCUUGUACAUUGUAUGAGUUCCUCUUUUGUAUUCACUUUAAUUACAGCUGUAACAAAUCUUGUAAUAAUGAAUGUGCAGAAUAACUGAUUGACAAGGGCACUUUAAACUUCUAGCAUCUCUGUUAAACCAUUUUGUCUGUCUACUUAGUUAUUUUUAGAUACACAGAAGUAUGUACCAAUCACAUGGUGGACACAAGUGUUGUUGUCCCACCCUGUGCGAAUACACCGUACGGUGCACCCUUCUACACAUUACAAAAAAUGGGUAACACUUUCUUUUACGGUACAGUUACCAGACGUAAUUACUGUGUUUUCUGGGUAACAACAGGGUAAGAAAGAGCAAUUACAUGGUACCUAACAGAUAACUUCUCUCGGUUACCCUGUGUACACAGCAGUUACAUAGUUAUUCUUGAGACGUGUAUUAUUGCAUAGUAUUUACUUUGAAAUUACCCCCCUUUUUAACCCCUUAGAUACCAUGUAACUUCUCUCUGUUACCCUGUUGUUUCCCAGAAUGUAAUUACUGUGCCGUAAAACAAAGUGUUAACAAAAAAAUGCAACCUGCAAAGACGAUAAGUCCUACAGAUGACAGUUACGCCCUAUUAAAACAAUGUUCCUGGUGACAAAGACAAUAGCCUACAAUCUAAUGGCUGUUCCCCUUGAAAACACACCAACUGCAACAUGUUCAUGUGCUCUUGUCCUACCUAGGCCUAUGUUACUGCAAAUCCUGUUAAACUGAAUGUUUUAGCUUAAUAUUUAUAUUUAUUGUCAACCGUGGUAACAUGGUACCUUACUGACCAAAAUAACAUAAUAAUGUUUUUUGAGAACCAACAAGAUUGUGCAGUUACAUGUAAAUCCACAGGAAAACGAGCCAAAUAAUGAAAUCAAGAAAACAAAUAAAAGCUUCAUGUGAAGCUUUAUUUGGAAAUAACCUCAUGUAGUUGGGAAAACCGGGGUUGAUUUUUUGUUAGUACAAAAAGGUAUGCUUUUGGUUAGUCCAUCAAUGACAUUAUAGAUAAAGUGAAUAUUUGUAGGAUAAUCAAAUAUCAUUUAAUAUGCAUUGCGUGCUUGCAUCCUUUUUGUUAUACAUAAAUGUGUUUUUCUAACAAAGCGCAAUAAAGGUCAGGACU